AUGGAUCAACAACAGCAGGCUUCGUCUUCCCUUACUGGAGCGGAACGCAUCAGAGCUCUUAAAGACGACAAUGCUGUCUUCACUGCUUUUGAUACGUACCCAUGGAACAAAGACAAGAACUUCAUGUCCGGCCUUUAUGCCAUCCUCGGUGAACCUGGCCAGCAAAACCCUCAAGCAUCUCUUGCAGACAUGGCUAUCCACGCCCGCAUUUUCUACUACGCCCAACGCAUUGGUGUUAACAUUGACUUUGGUGCAUACAAGACCUGGCUCGAUACUGACACUGAUCACCAAGCUCCGGAUGUUCUGCCUGAGGAGUACCACCAGCGAGAUGAAGCCAAGGCCACUUCGGCCCCAGCCUUAGACUGGCAGAAAGCUGCGCCAAAGAGUGAUCUGUAUAUCGACCGAAAGGCUGCUGCAGCCGCCCAGUCUGGCUCGCAGGAUCAACCUAAUUAUCCAAUGGGCUUCGCUGAGAUGAUUAAGCUGAUACAAGAAGGCAAGCCUGUCCCUGGCAUUCGCCAGAUCCCAAACACAGUUGUGAGAAAUCCUGCUGUAAAACCAGUUGGCGCCAUGGCUGCCCCCAGAAAGCCCUGGGAGAAACAUGUAACUGCUGACGCUCAGACUCUGCCAGACCUACCAAGGGCACUUGAUACCGAAUUCCCGCCACUCCAUGAUGAUGUAGCUGUCUUUACAAGCUCUGGGGCCACUUAG